AUGGGAAAGAGAACAAGUAACAAUAGUGUGAAGAGAGAUGAGUUAAACAGAGGAGUUUGGACUGAUCAAGAAGACAAGAUCCUAAGAGAUUACAUCAUGAUCCAUGGCGAAGGCAAAUGGAGCACUCUCCCAAACCAUGCUGGUCUCAAGAGGUGUGGCAAAAGCUGUAGACUUAGGUGGAAAAACUACUUGAGACCCGGUAUAAAGCGUGGAAACAUCUCAUCUGAUGAAGAAGAACUCAUAAUCCGCCUCCAUAAUCUCCUUGGAAACAGAUGGUCUUUGAUAGCUGGGAGGCUUCCAGGGCGAACAGACAAUGAAAUAAAGAAUCAUUGGAACUCAAACCUCCGCAAGAGACUUCCCAAAAAACAAACAAACCAACAAAAACUUCGAAAACAUUCGACCAACAACAAGAACAGUGUCUGUGUUAUACGCACAAAGGCCAUUAGGUGCUCUAAGGCUCUCACUUUUCAGAAACAGAGUUGUGAUACUAGUAGUACUAAUCUUCUACCUCUCAAAGAACAAGAGAGCACUAAGAUGGAGCAUGAUCAUCAAGCUGGUUCUUCUUCUUUGUUGGGAGAUCUUGAAUUCGAUUUCGACAAAAUUCAGUCAGAGUUUCUCUUCCCUGAUUUGAUGGAUUUUGAUGGUUUGGGUUGUGGAAACACAUCUCUUGUUUCACCUGAUGAGAUUAUGGGAGAUUUUGUUCGUGCUGAUGAUUCUUCUCAGGGUAAUCUUGAUCUCAAUAGACCUUUCACUUCUUGUCUUCAUCGUGGCGAUGAUGAAGAUUGGCUCCGUGAGUUUAAUUGUUGA